CACGUAUUCUUGCAUGGGGAGGUUUACAAGUAGACUCAUCAAUCCCAUUUCAAAAGCCCAAAAUCAUGAUUUAAUUUGGUAAAUCAUGAAUUCUCUCUUCUCAUUCGUCACCACUCUCUACGCUCUCCUACUCCUCUACUUCCCCUCUCACUUCUACCGCUUCCUUCUCUCUCCCGCUCUAUUCUCCACUUUAAUUCUAUUGCUUUAUCUUCUCCGCCUCGGCGCCGCCCAAAGAUCUACCCACUCCGACUCCACGCAACCGUCAACCGAAGAAUUCCGCGAAUCUACGGAAAAAAACGGAUGCGAUGAGAAGAAGGAAACGAGCCAUUUGUGCGCGGAGUCGUUCGUGGAGUGGGACGUCCGAGCGCCGCUGGAGGUGAUAUACGAGGAAUGCGAAGGAGAUGACGAUAAUUCGGAUUCGAUCCGCCGGUACGCCUCGCUCUCGCUGUUUUACCCGGAGUCCGACAGCGACGCUUCGUCGGAGGGGGAUUUCCCGGCUUGGGAUGGAGAAGGGUUGAUUGAGAUCACGCUGGAUGAGAAGAGGAGGAGUUGCGACUUUGAGGAUGAUAAUCUGAUCGAGAUCAAUCUCUCGCCGGGAAGAUGACGUGGAAUUCGGAGGGGAUUGAUUAACCCGUAGUUUUGGUAAAUUGUGAUGAUGAUUAAUUAAAAGGAGAGACGUUUUCUGGGGUUCUGGGUUUUAGAAUUGUAUUACAUCAAGGAUUAACGCGUGGUUAGUUGCUAAACCCAAAGCUUCCUAAUGAUGAGCUGAUUUAUGUAUUUACUGGUGUGCCCUCACAGGCCUAAUCCAAUUUUCCUUUUUAUUUAAGUUUAAUCGAAUAGUUGUAUAGUUCUUAUA